AUGCAAUCUGUGUAUUCAUUUAACCGAAGCGAUAGUGAAAUCCGUCAAGAAUUGUUGCGAGUUUUCAGCUCGGGUCGUGGUACGGCCCGUGAACAAUGGAGUAUGCAAGCUGAACUUUUAGUUGAACCUGUUGGUUGGGAUGCACUGUGGAAAUUAUCCAAAGAUUAUUGCAAAAAGUUUGAAGUAAGGUUUCCAUGUGUUGCAUAUGUAACUGUUACAUCUGUUGAUUAUGAAGAACUGGCAGCGUGUGUGGAUGUUCUAAGUGUACAACAUGCAGCUGUAACUUUACCAGAGAGAGUUGUAGAUGUUCCAUUAAUCGAACUCUGGCCUACUCUCAAACAGCGAGAGCAAUGUGUUAAUGCAGCUUUUACUGCAGAAUUUAUUGAUCUUUUAAGAUUCUUUUAUCAUAAUAUAUGGAUGCCUUGGGAUGAUCAAGAUGAUAAAGUUCUGCUUCCAAGCACAAUAGAAGAUCGGAUGAGUCUCUGGACUGAUAUUCACAAUGGAACAAUACCAAACUGUGUGGCUCGAUCUAUAGUCCUGUUACGAAAUAGUGCCAUUGAUGCUCAUGAAAAACUAAAAGAGCUUGAUUCUUCUCUUUGUGAUGGAAUAUUAGCAGAUGAUGAUGAUUCACUGCUUCCUCCAAACUACCUGUCAGUAUGUGCCGAAAUGAAUGCGCGCUUGGAUGGUCUGAUGUCUAAAUGGACCCUUUAUGAAAACCCACUGAUUAGAAAACAAUACUUAACUAAAACAAAAAAUAAAUGGCAGAAAAAUAAGAGCAAAAGGAAUGUUGUUGCACUCUGGCAAGGGGGCUCAGUGUCCGAAUUUAACGAAAUAUCAAAAUACCUUCACUCAUAUCUCACCAAAGAGCACAAUCUGACAGUUGUGGUUUCUGCUGAAGAUGGCUUCAUCUUAGAACCAGAGGAAGUAGUAGUCUGUAGUCAACAAUAUGAGCUGCCAGAGAUGCCAUUAUCACAAAUUUCCAUCUGUAGUUUUAAUGGUGCUACACUUAGGGCAACGGAUAUGAGAUCUUGUUUGUUAAUGCUCAGUGAAGACUGUAGAAUACAAAAUUUAACUCUGCACUGCUCACAAGUAAACACAAUCAUUGUGAUGCGAACAGGAACACUCCAUAUUAAAAACUGCAUGUUUGCUGAUGAGUCAAACAGUUCCCAGAGUGAUUUUGCUCAAGGCAUUGUGGCGAUGGCUGGAGCCAAAGUCAUUAUAGAAGACUGUACAUUCGAGAACUUUUAUUCUGGAAUUGUUAUUCACAGAGGUGCACAGAUGGAGCUAAGGAAAUGUACAUUGCGGAAGUGCGGGGUAGGAGUUCAGAUGUAUUCAGGUUCGCACGUAAAGUUGGACAGCACUGUUAUAGUAAACUGUUCUGAGCAGUGCAUUCGGUGUGAAGUCGACGUUGAUGGUGAUGAAUGUGACAAGAUGAGCGAGAUGGAAGGUUUACAGGUGAUGUCGAAUUGCAAGAUUGGAUCUGGUAAUCUACAAAAAGAGAUUUUGAUUGUUCAGCAAAAUGUUAACUUAGCUUAA